ACUUCCGAUCUUUCCUCUUUAACUUUUGCAGAAAGAACAAGUUUGGUUCACUUGUCUUGAAAAUUUCGCCCUGGUGUUGUGUGUUUUAGAUUUCUUGUUACCAAAAUGAAAGUAUACGUGUUGUUGAUGAUUGCCCUUGUGGGCUCGGUGUUUUGUGAAGAAGAGAUUAUCGAAGAAGAGAAUGUUUUGGUGUUGACGAAGGACAAUUUUGAUGAUGCUCUAGCUAAGCACAAUCACAUUCUAGUUGAAUUUUAUGCUCCGUGGUGCGGUCAUUGCAAAGCUUUGGCCCCAGAAUAUGCUGGAGCUGCAGGAACGUUGAAGGAGCGAGGAUCUGAUAUAAAAUUAGGCAAAGUUGAUGCAACUGUUCACACAGAACUAGCGACGAAAUUCCAAGUACAAGGAUACCCUACGAUCAAGUUCUUCAAGGGCGGAAAACCUAUCGAAUAUGGAGGUGGCAGACAAUCUGCUGACAUUGUAUCAUGGUUAGAAAAGAAAACUGGACCACCAGCCAAGAGUUUGGAAAGCAGUGAAGAUGUAAAGAAAUUCAUUGACGAUAAGGAAGUUGCUGUUGUUGGUUUCUUUGCUGACCUGGAGUCUGCUAAGGCUAAAGCUUAUACUGGAGCUGCUGAUAGCAUUGAUGAUGUUGAGUUUGGAAUUGUAUCCAGUGCUGACAUUGCCAAAGAAUAUAAUGUUGAUGGAAAUGGUAUUAUUCUCUUCAAGAAGUUUGAUGAGGGUCGUGCUGUUUUCAGUGGAGAAUAUGAAUCUGAUGCAAUUGCAUCCUUUGUCAAUGCCAACAAAAUGCCACUGGUUAUGGAAUUCACUGAUGAAAGUGCUCCUAAGAUCUUCGGAGGUGAUAUCAAAGUACAUAUCCUCUUAUUUAUCAAAAAGAGCGCUGAUACCUUUAAUGAUAUCCUGGGAUAUUUUAAUGAUGUUGCAAAAGACUUCAAAGGCAAAAUGCUAUUUGUUUACAUUGAUGUUGAUGUUGAAGACAACAGCAGAGUAUCAGAAUUCUUUGGACUUACAAAAGACGAUGUUCCAACUGUUCGCAUUAUCAACAUGACUGAACAAGAUAUGGCUAAAUUUAAACCAGACUUUGAAACCUUUAGUGCUGAUGCUCUAAGGAAGUUUGCCCAAGAUUUUGUCGAUGGUAGCCUUAAGCCACACAGAAUGUCAGAAGACAUCCCAGAUGAUUGGGACAAAGAACCUGUCAAGGUUCUCGUUGGAAAGAACUUCCACGAAAUUGCUUUAGACAAAUCAAAGAAUGUUUUUGUUGAAUUCUAUGCCCCAUGGUGUGGACAUUGUAAACAACUUGCUCCAAUCUGGGAUAAACUGGCAGAGAAAUACAAAGAUGAUGAAAGUAUUGUAAUUGCUAAGAUGGAUUCCACCAAAAAUGAAAUUGAAGAAGUUCGUGUUGAUAGUUUUCCAACUCUCAAAUGGUUCCCUAAAGAUUCUGAUGAGAUUGUUGAUUAUACUGGCGGAAGAACGCUUGAUGAUCUGACAAAAUUUGUUGAAUCUGGUGGUAAAGAUAUGCCAGCAGAGUCAGAGGAACCUGCCCCUGAAGAAGAAGAAGGAGAAGGGGAGGGUGUAGAAGAAACAGAUGAGGCAGAUGCUGAAGAUGGGGAGGAAGUUAAACCUAAAGAGGAACUAUAAAGGACAACACCAAUAAUACGUAAUGUUGCCCUUCCUAAUUUGGCAAACAUCAACCAAUGGACGGCUGUAAUUUUGGUCGCAUGAAUGUUAUACGUAUUACCUUUAUAAAUUAUUUUAGAUUCAUUAUUCUCUUAGGUAUUUGUUCUGAUGCUCUUGUGUUAUGCAGUAAAAGAUUUUUUCAGAAAGCUA